AUGAAUGUUGAAUCUCUUCAAAUGCUUGAACCAAACUUCAACAAACCCAACCACCACGGCUUUCACAGGAAAGUGCCCUACUCUUCAGCAAACACCAAACUGGCCAUCCGUCAGAUUCCUCCUGAACUCAACAACAUCAGCAAACUAAACGAGCACUUCAGCAAGUUUGGCACCAUCGUCAACCUCCAGGUGGCAUAUAAUAAUUACCCAGAUGGGGCGCUGAUCCAGUUUGCUUCUCCUGAAGAAGCCAAACGGGCCAUGCAGAGCACAGAGGCA